AUGGCUUGUCUUGGAGUUCAGAGGUACAAAGCUCUCCUGCAGCUGUCUUCUAGGAUUUGGUCUUUCAUAACCCUGCUUGCUCUUCUCUUCAUCCCAAUCUUCUCUGAAGCCAUACAGGUGAGCCAACCUUCAGUGGUGUUAGCCAGCAGCCAUGGUGUCGCCAGCUUUCUGUGUGAAUAUUUAUCUUCACACAAUACUGAUGAGGUCCGAGUAACUGUGCUGCGGCAGACAAAUGACCAAGUGACUGAAGUCUGUGCCACGACAUUCACAGCGAAGAAUACAGUGGGCUUCCUAGAUGACCCAUUCUGCAGUGGUACCUUUAAUGAAAGCAGAGUGAACCUCACCAUCCAAGGACUGAGAGCUGCUGACACCGGACUGUACUUUUGCAAGGUGGAACUCAUGUACCCACCGCCAUACUUUGUGGGCACGGGCAACGGGACCCAGAUUUAUGUCAUUGAUCCAGAACCAUGCCCAGAUUCUGACUUCCUCCUUUGGGUCCUUGCUGCAGUUAGUUCCGGGUUGUUUUUUUACAGUUUCCUGGUCACCGCUGUUUCUUUGAGCAAGAUGCUAAAGAAAAGAAGUCCUCUUACAACAGGGGUCUAUGUGAAAAUGCCCCCAACAGAGCCAGAGUGUGAAAAGCAAUUUCAGCCUUAUUUUAUUCCCAUUAACUGA